CUCUAGCCUCACGGAUAAAAGUGAGUUUAGCCCAAAAAUAUGAAGAAGAAGAAGACAAUUAGGUUGUCGUCGUCGCCACAGCAGCAGCAAUAGCAGCGGCGCCGCCGGCCUUUUGGAGACAAGCAGCCUAGUUAAAAAAAAAAUAAUAAAUAACAUCUGUGGAUUUGCGGCCUGUGCAGGGCCUGUUUUUUUCUUUGGUUAUGUGUUUCUAAUCGUUUCGUCGUAAAAAAAAAACAAAUUGUGUGACAGUUAAACAAAGUUUUGAAAUCGUUUCAACGAAAAUGCGCGUGUGAGCAUAUAAAAGAUGGGUAUCAGCCGCGUGCACGAGCAGAGUCUUCUGCUGGUCCAUUGUCUAUUCACUUGUGUUUAUUUCCCUGGAAUUCUGAUACUCCUGAAAUAUAAUGAGAGCCUUUACACCGUGGGAUCUUUCAAAUUUCUACCAAUUUUGACAAUUCUUAUGUUUGCCGAAGUGGUGAAAUUGGUAUUUUCAACGACGCAGAAACAACAGCAGUUUUUCUUAGGGAGAGCAGACGUAAAGCCAAAUGCUCGUUCAAAAAAAUCAUGGUUAAAAGCAAUUAAAGAUUUGUUUAAAUUUUCUAUAGUCAUGUUAAUAUUGUUUGCAGUUUAUUAUAUUAUGGUAGUGUUGUUCGGUGCUGCUUUGUUCAGUCAUUUAGAAGAGACGAGUGUGCUUAGUCUCACACUGGCAACCUUGACUUUUGUUCCAGGGGCUAUACAUUUAGGCAUAGAUAUGGCACUUCUUGUUUUAACAAGCCCUAACACUUAUGAUAUUGGUCCAAUCGGACAAGCCAUUAGCUUUCAUAUAAAAACUACUGUACUGGGAGCUUGGUUGGGGGCAAUAGCGAUCCCUCUAGAUUGGGACAGACCCUGGCAGGUUUGGCCAAUUCCCUGCGUCCUCGGUGCCCUUGUUGGAUACAUGCUUGGACACUUGUACACACUAAUUAAAACCUUGACUUUUCUGCGGAGUAACCGAAAAGCUCAGAGAUGAUGCCUGCCUUCAAAAGAUAGGUUUGACUCGGAUAGUCAAAUACUGCGAGUAUUGGAAUAAAUUUUUACACUGUUUCUUUUUUGUACAUUUUUUAUCUAAAACUGUAAUUUUGCAUUAAUUCAACGCGUUUUCCAAAUGAACUAUUAUACACUUCGACUAUGAAGGUUCCAGUAUUUGAAUUAAGAAUAGAUUCGUCAGCAAUUGAUUUUAUGUACAAGCAACCCAAAGGCAUAGCGACUGUACGGAGGAACAAAUGAUAAUUGAAAAAUGUUUUCCUUUUAAACACAAAAUGUAAGUUUUGUUACACUAGAAGGACAUUUUGAAAUUAUUUUAAUUAAAAGAAAGUAGGACCUUAUUUCAAUCAAUUUCUUACUUUUAAUAGGAAUCGAAUUGAAUAAUUCAAAUUGAAUAAUAGGAAUAAUUAGGUUUAAUAUGGAAAAGUAGAGGAAAAUGUACGAAAAAACACGUUUUUUAUGAAAAUAAAAAGAUCAUCAAAUAAA